GGUGCUACACCUCUUAGGAUUGUACAGCAAAUCCCUCUUCCAUUUAGCAACAUGUCUAGCUAUUUGUCAGCAGUUGCUGCAACAAGGGACGUGCAUCCAUGAUCCAUUCACUUGUAUUUUUAUUACAAACUUUUCCAGAGGGCUAUAAUUAAAUCGCCACCUCGCGCAAGCUCGUGGCAUCGCACGUAAUCUGAGUUAACCCUUUACAGCCCUGCGCCAGCCACCAAUUCCUUCACAAGGUUCGAGUCAGUCCACUUAAAUAAAAGCACGAGUGUCAGAGAAUGACGGUUCUAGUCCUGCUGGCUUUUUAGUCCAGUCUUCAGCUCGGGACCACAGUCGGUAGGUGGCUGCAUGAGCUGUUCCUCAUCCACCACCAGAACAUGGAAAUCUGACUGCACAAUCCUAAGUGACUUUUCCUGUUAAGAAUUGAAACUGACACCUGCUCUUCGCGACCUGCUGGACGACUGAAGUCACGGGUUGGAAAGGCAGGAGGGUCACCUCACUGGCCACAACAACGCCCAUUCUCGUGACUAAUGGAAAAGGCCGAACUGCUACUACACUUUCUAUUACAAACUUCUUUUCGUUGAUUUAGAGAGGACGUGGCUUAGUUCAGAACUGCAGUCAACACAAGGUGAUCUACAGUUUAUAUUUCUAAGGCAAACAUCUGAACUCCACCACGCCACUACCCCGAAAGCCACAGGACCCACUUCUCAGAUGGGUGUACAAUAAUUUUAUCCUUACACUGGUGAAGGUUUAAUUGAUCACCACUUUCGAGAAUCUGAUGGAUCACUCACUGUUAAGCACGUAAAUAGUCAUGGCUGGGAUCGACCUCACCGAAGAGUGCACCAGUGCAGUCCAUAUAACUGAUGGUCCUUCUACUGUAAUUAUAAUUACUCAACCUUAAGCUGCAGGACAUAGACUUUUGGGAUAACUCGUAGAAGACAUUAAGUCAUGGGAUCCCUGGAUAUUUCCUUUGUCCCCCGGCAUCUACUCCUCUGGGUAAUUGUAGCACACCAUUUCAUCCUUGUUACUACUUGUGAAAAUGCCCUCUACAGUCAGUUCAUCCAGGAGUUUUGUUUCGAUUCAUUCAAGUUUGUAAUGGACGCCACUGAUGAAAAAUAUUGGUGUGACUGGGAAAAAACACAAAGCUCUUAUGGUGAUCUUACAAACUGUACUAUCCUGAUAGCGGAGAAAUUGAAAUGUUAUUGGCCCAAUCAAGUUGUGGAUGACUUCUUCAUAACUAUACAUCGAAAUUAUUUCAAGAACUGUCCUCUGACAGGAAGGGCACCUAGAGAUCCUCCAAAUAAUGUACUGUGUGCAUUUAUCAUGGUUCCCAUGCUUAUCACACUCCUAAUGACUGCAUUGGUGGUUUGGAGAAGCAAAUACAAUGAAGGAAUAGUGUAAAGCUACAAGCUCUUGCUAAAUAAAUAUUUUUUAGUUGAAAUGUUGAUGCUAUCUUGAAGCAACUUCUGUUGAGGUUAAGUUCCCUUGGUGUUUGUAGCAGUAGCAGCAUAUACUCAUUUGAAAACUUCUGCAGGAUCGAAUAUCAAAGGACAGCAAAACACUUUCUAUAUUUUAUAUCAGACAGAAAUAAAUAUGAAAGCUGCAGCAUGACUGUCAAAUGAGUUGGGCAUUAUGAACAUCACAGAAAGAUGCAGUAUAUAGAAUGUUCCAAAUAAGAGAUGUAAAGUGAAUGUUAAUGCCGCUCUGUAAAUAUGCUAAAAAGGCAAAUUACAGGCUAUGCUAUAAUACUGAACUAGAGUAACUAUUGGAAAUCCCAUGAACAUCACUAUUAUCUUGCAAUGAAAGUAUUAUAUUGUGGCUACUAUUUCUCAAUAUAAAUAGAACUGCAGUGGUAACUCCUUAACAGACUAUUUGUUAGUUGAUUUUUAAUGUGCACAGGAUUUUUUUAUAAAUACUGGAUAACUAAAGUAUAAGUAGACCACAUUUAUAUCCUUAAAAUAAACAUGUGUAUUUACUUUUUGAGUAAAAUGAAGAGUUUUGUUGCAGACAUAUUUUUUCUCAUGCUAUGUGAAAGCUAUAGGACUGUAUUACAUAUUACCACGAUUCUCGGCUUGCUGGAUAUAUUUCUUACCAUUUGUACACAGUAGCAUCAAAGUUUAUGUCGUGGUCAUUGUGUUACUGCUAUGGUCAUGCAGCAGUAAAACUAAAGGCUGGUCAUUUAUACUAAAACAUGACCUCAUUUGGCAAAUCCUAUUUUAUUUAUUUGUUAUGCUUAGUCUGCGUUAUGCUGCUGAAAACUGAUAGAAAAAGACAAUUGUUUUGGAAUUUUGCUGUAGAUUAAAAAUAGUCAUCUAAUAUUUCCAUCUCAUGUCACAACCUUUUAUUUUAGUAGCAGAUACCACAAAACUGUUGAAGUCUAAUUUAUGGGAUAAGUUUUGAGGGCACCACUUCUGCACAGUAAAACAUUGAACAGAAUAAAGAAAAUUCAUCUAGAAUUUC